AUAAUCGAUUACAGUAUUGCUCCUACACAAGUUUCUGAAGCAAAGUUUAAAUCUGAUCCAAGUAGUGUGGAUUUUGUUACCAGCUCUAAGAAAAAACGAGCCUCCAUCCUUCCAGCCUUGGUCAAGUGUUUCGGAACUAUGUACAUGUUUGGAGCUCUCCUGAAACUCAUCCAAGAUCUACUCACGUUUGUUAGUCCUCAAAUUUUAGGGUUUUUAAUUUCGUAUGUCAAAGACGGGCAGGAAACAUGGAAAGGAUAUUUUUAUGCUGGACUUCUGUUUAUAACGGCUACCAUACAAACCCUUUUUCUAGCUCAGUACUUCAACAAGAUGUUUAUCAUUGGGAUGAGAAUUCGUACUGUGUUGAUAUCAACGAUUUAUAGAAAAGCAUUGAGAAUUUCCAAUAGUGCACGUAAAGAAAGCACAGUAGGUGAAAUCGUCAAUUUGAUGGCAGUUGAUGCACAAAAGUUUAUGGAUUUGGUGGGAUAUUUGAACAUGAUAUGGUCUGCUCCACUUCAAAUUUGCCUUUCUCUCUACUUCUUGUGGAAAGAGUUGGGUCCAUCGGUGCUUGCUGGAUUAGCAGUGAUGAUAAUUAUGAUACCCAUCAAUGGCUUCAUUGCCAACAAAGUCAAGGUUCUGCAGGUUAAGCAAAUGAAGAACAAAGAUGAGCGUGUCAAAUUGAUGAAUGAAAUUUUGAAUGGAAUUAAAGUAUUGAAAUUAUAUGCCUGGGAACCGAGUUUCGAAAAUCAAGUAUUGAAAAUUAGAGAUAAAGAAAUAAAAGUUUUAAAAGAAGCAGCAUAUUUAAAUGUCUCAUUAGUGACUUUCGCUACAUACGUGCUGGUGGAUGAAAAUAAUGUACUAGAUGCAAAUAAGGCAUUCGUUUCUAUCUCUCUAUUCAAUAUCAUAAGGUUUCCGCUGAACAUGUUACCCAUGACGAUAUCAAACUUAAUCCAAACAUGGGUCUCCGUAAAAAGGAUUAACAAAUUCAUGAACGCAGAGGAAUUGAUCCCUGAUAUUGUCCAUCAUGAAGCUGAUGAAGGUCUGUAA